AUGCCCGGCGGCACCCACGCCACCACGAAGAGGGAGCCGGACGUGGACGAGCCGCAGGUCCGUGAGGGUCGCCUCCUCCUGUACAGGGCCGGUGAGGACGACUCUGCCUGCCCUCUGGCUGAGGUCCACAGGAGAGACACUGCUGCGAUCCUGGACAUGAAGUGGUGCCACAUCCCAGUAUCCGGCCAUGCCCUCCUGGGCUUGGCAGAAGCCAGUGGAUCCAUACAGCUGCUCCGCCUGGUGGGAUCUGAGAAGAGCAGUUAUGGGCUUCAGCUAGUGUCCAGCCUUGCCCUGGAGGAGCAGUGUCUGGCCUUGUCCCUGGAUUGGUCCACCGGGAAAACUAGAAGGGCCAGCGACCAGCCCUUGAACAUCAUCAGCAGUGAUUCCAAGGGACAGCUCCACCUCCUGAGGGUGAAUGAGGCUGGACAUGGACUGCAGAAAGUGGCCUCAUGGCAGGCCCAUCGCUAUGAGGCCUGGAUUGCUGCUUUCAAUUACUGGCAAACAGAAAUCGUGUAUUCAGGGGGAGAUGAUGGCCUUCUGAAAGGCUGGGACACCAGGAAACCUGGCACAUCACUGUUCAGCAGUGAGAGACACUCCAUGGGUGUGUGCAGCAUUCAGAGCAGUCCCCAUCGGGAGUUCGUCUUGGCCACGGGAAGCUAUGACGAGCACAUUCUGCUGUGGGACACUCGGAACAUGCAGCAACCAUUUUCAGACACUCCCGUACAGGGCGGGGUGUGGAGGCUCAAGUGGCACCCUUUCCACCACCACCUGCUCCUGGCGGCCUGUACGCACAACGGCUUUAAGAUCCUGGACUGCCAGAAAGUGACAGAGAAACAGGAAGUGACAGUCUUGUUGUCCCACACAUCACCCAACUCGCUGGUAUAUGGGGCCGACUGGUCCUGGCUCCUCUCCCGUUCUUUGCAGCCAGUCCCCUCAUGUUCCUCUCUUCACGGUGACCCAGGAGCCAGAAUGGCGAACAUGAUUCACAGUUUGAAGGUCGCAGAUGAGUCACCAGCACCUUCUCUUGAAUGUGUACUGGAUGACAAUGGGGAGGGCCCUGCCACACUCCAAAGUGGAGUCAAGCCAGCACCUGCUCUCCUGUCACUCACAGAGGGCCCAAGCAAGAGCGCCACAGCAGCCAAGACCUGUGACUGUGAACUGUGUGUGGAAGGGGCGAACUGUGACAUCAGCCUCCUGGCCACUUGCUCCUUUUACGAUCAUGUUCUCCACCUCUGGAAGUGGGAGGUAAACUGAGCUUGAGAUCAUAUAGACCCUUCCCACAAAGGAACCGAGUGUGACUUUGUGAGUGAGCUGCCCUCAGACUGUCUCAUUUGAGAUUCUUACUGCAGCCCUGCAGGGGGCUGUGCAUCUCGUGGAGUCUGUACUGUAGAUGAUCAAAAAAGCUGUUGGCUUCUCUUAAAUAAACCUUUCUUGCUGGGCCAUUGAAAAUGGA